UUCCAACAUCCUCUGCAGCCUCAACUGAUAGCACUAUCAACAUCCCUUAAUGAAGCUUAUUGAAGAAGACUAGCGAGUGCAGAAACCAUAACAAACCUAGUUUAUAGGAGUAACCGUCAAGAGUAAACACUUUAAUGCAAGAUGAGUAGGGGAUGCAUUGAAAUAGAGCGCAAAAUCCUGCGUCUCCUGCACGGCCACACCACGCGCACCCACCUCACCGAAAUCCACGCGCAAUUCCUCCGCCACAACCUCCACCACUCCAACCAGAUCCUCUCCCACUUCGUCCUCGUCUGCGCCUCCCUCAACAACAUGCCCUACGCGCAGCGCGUCUUCAUCCAGGCGCGUUGCCCCAGCAUCCUCCUCUUCAAUGCCAUGAUCAAGGGGUAUUCCCUACGCGCACCGUUUCAACACUCGUUCCACCUCUUCUCCCUCAUGAGGUCACGCGCCAUGGUCCCCGACGAGUACACUUACGCGCCGCUCCUCAAGGCCGCAUCCAACCUCCGUGACUAUUUCCUCGGUCGGUGCAUUCAUGCGCAGGUUGAGGCGCUUGGGUUUGCACGUCAUGGAUCUGUUCGUGUUGGGAUGGUAGAACUGUAUGCGAAUUGUCGUAAAAUGGAGGACGCUGAGAAGUUGUUUGAUGAAAUGCGCCACAGGGAUGUUGUCGUUUGGAACCUGAUGGUUCGCGGGUUCUGCGAGGCUGGUGACUUGGAUAAGGGGUUGAAACUUUUUUGGCAGAUGAAGGAACGCAGCAUUGUUUCGUGGAACCUCAUGAUCGCUUCGAUGGCACAGGGGAAGAAAGAUGAGGAAGCUCUUGAGCUAUUUCGGAAGAUGUUGGACGAGGGACUUGAGCCGGAUGAUGCUACAUUGGUGGCUGUGCUGCCGGUUAGUGCUAGAAUGGGAGCAAUGGAUGUUGGGGAAUGGAUACAUUCUUAUGCAAAUGACAAGGGAUUCCUUAAAAAUAUGGUUGCUGUGGGAAAUUCGCUUGCGGAUUUUUAUUGCAAGUGUGGUAAUCUAAGUGCUGCGUGGAGCAUUUUCAAUGGGAUGACUAAGAAGAACGUAGUUUCUUGGAACGUUAUGAUAUCCGGUUUGGCUUAUAAUGGAGAGGGUGAAGCAGGGGUUGGCCUGUUUGAUGAAAUGGGAGGAGAAGGAGUGGCCCCUACAGAUUCCACUUUUGUUGGGGUGUUAGCUUGUUGUGCUCAUUCUGGUUUGGUUGAUAGAGGACGGGAGCUGUUUGCUUCUAUGAGCCAAAAGUUUCAGCUUUCACCAAAGCCAGAGCAUUAUGGUUGUGUUAUUGAUCUUCUUGGACGGUGUGGGAAUGUGAGGGAAGCUCAUGAGUUGAUUAGCAGCAUGCCAAUGAAACCAAGUGCUGCUUUAUGGGGCGCUUUGCUCAGUGCCUGCCGCACUCAUGGUGAUAGGGAAGUUGCCGAAAUUGCGGCGAAAGAGCUCGUUAGGCUUGAACCAUGGAACUCUGGGAAUUAUGUGUUGUUGUCCAAUAUUUAUGCAGAGGAAGGGAGGUGGGAUGAGGUUGAGAAAGUGAGAAUGUUGAUGAGGGGUGGUGGUGUCAAGAAAGUUCAGGGGCAGAGUGCAACCGGGUAGUUUGCAUUGCAGGAAUCCGGGUUUUGUUGAGAAAUGACUUUGCCACUGAGUUGCCACCUACAGAAGGAAUAUGGUGCACUAUGUUUACUGAAACAAGUAAUGCAUGGGCAUUAAAGGAUGGCACAAAUCUUGUUUGAGUAUUCUAAAAGAACAAUUAGAGUGCUAUCCUGUUACAGGAGUGAUUCCUGAUCAAAUAUCCAAUCUGUUUUGUUUGAGUUGAUUGUAGGAGGUCUGACAAAAUAGAAAGUCAUUCCUUCAAACAUUGCCCUCUUGACUGAGCUGGAUACUAACUAGGUGUGUUUGGCUACUUAGAUCAAUCGACACCGGCUACUUAGAUCAAUCGACACCAAGUAUUCUCAAUUUGCAUCAGAGAAUAUGCCAAAAUUGCAAUUAAGUUCAAUUGAGACAACCCCAUCAAAUGAUUGCCAACAAUAAGAGAGGCACCGGUGGUUUGAACAUCGCCACCACAAAAGACGGAAUAGCUGAAGAGUUGUUUGUUCAUGUUCAAGACUAGAGCGCACACGAUUCGAUAUCAUAUCAUGGAAUUUGAUCCACAAUCAGUUCUUUUUCAGUAGAAGGAUGCCCUUGUAGUUUCAAGAGAAUCUGAAGGCCUGAAUAUUUGUGUGUGAAGAAAGGAGCACAACAUAUGAAACGUGUUUACAUUUUAAUUUUUUGACUAUUUGUUUUCUUCCACUAUGUUCAUAUAUAAUGUUUAUGUAUUCAUGCCAUUUAGAAAUUAAUGUGCUAAAACUAAAUACUUUAUCUUAGAGG